AUGAUACCUACACGCCCCCAACGGCAAGACAUCGAAUACGACGAAUACGAUGACGAAGACCACAGAAACCACAGCUGGUCCUCUCUCUUCGCCUUCACCAACCGAAAACACAUCCUCCCCCUGACCGCCGCCGUCUUCUUCGCCCUGCUCAACGGGCUCGUGAUUCCCGCUACGGCAAUAAUCCUCGGCAGGUUAUUCAACGCCUUUGCAACCUUUGGGGCGGACCUGAUCCCCGCUAAUGAGCUGGUGGACCAAGUUAGGGUGUUCGCCGUACAGCUGGUGGCACUGGGGACCGCGAGCUGGUGCCUAGGUGGGGCGUUUUAUGCCUCAUGGGGCGUAUUUGGGGAGUUGCAGGCGGAAGGCGCGAGGGAGAGCUUGUUUGAGGGGCUGGUAGAUAAGGAUAUGCAGUGGUAUGAUAUGAGGAGGAAUGGAGUUGCGGGACUACUGGCGAGAGUGCAAACGCAAACGAAGGAGCUCCAGACAGCAGUAUCGCAGCCACUGGGACUCUCGCUACAGGCGCUUGUGACGGCUGCGGUAUGUCUCUUCGUUUCCAUUACGACAUGUUGGCCAUUGACCCUCGUCGUGCUGAUGGGGGUGCCACUGGCGUUCAUAUUCCUCAGCGUCAUCUCGCGCCGCAUCCAGACGCAGAUAGACACGCAGAAAGAGCACCUUUCAAGAGCAACAAGAAUCGUGAACAGGGCUUUCACAGCAAUUGAGACGGUAAAAGCGUUCAACGGCCAGCAGUACGAGCGCUAUAUGUUUUCCCUGGCCGCGGAGAAGGCCGCACGUGCGUACAGAGAACAGGCGCAUAGCAAUGCCCUGGUGGUGGGCUUUAUAAGGCUUGUGAUCUUGACGAUGUUUGUGCAAGGCUUCUGGUACGGUGGUCACCUUAUUAGGCAGGGGGAGGCAUCUGUGGGGGAUGUGAUGACUACGUUUUGGUCGUGCCUAAUGGCUACGCAGGCUCUCUCAAUGGUCUUGCCGCAGAUGAUAGUCUUGGAGAAGGGGAAGGCUGCAGGUGCAGGCCUUGAUGCAUUGUUGGUGAAAUUUAAGAGAGGGAUGCGGGUCUUCCAUAUGAAGGGUGGGAUCAUCCCGAAGAGCUGUCAAGGCGAGAUUGAAGUCAAAAGUGUAUCUUUUGCAUAUCCCUCUCGCCCUUGUAAUUUGGCACUGAAUGGAGCCAGUAUCUUUAUACCGUCGCAUGAGACUACCUUCAUUGUCGGAAAAAGUGGCUCUGGGAAAAGUACGCUUGGAAAUCUCAUCCUCAAAACUUAUAUGCCUUUAUCUGGUACUAUAACGCUGGAUGGAACCUCAGUCCAGGAUAUCGACCAAGAAUGGCUACGAAGUAACGUCACCAUAGUGCAGCAGGAGAGCGUGCUGUUCAAUGAGACAAUCUUCCGUAACAUUGCAUUCGGGAGGAAAGACUACAAGAGUACCACCCGGGAGGAAGUUCAUCAGUCCUGCCGGAUGUCCAUGCUUGAAGAAACCCUCCGAAAUUUCCCAUUAGGCUCCAAUACUAUAGUUGGUGCUGGGGGCGCUGCGUUGUCUGGGGGCCAACGGCAAAGGGUUGCUCUGGCGCGAGCCAUACUCCGGAAUACGCCAAUACUGAUUUUAGAUGAAGCUACCAGUGCCCUUGACUAUGUCAGCAGAUCACUAGUCAUGGAAGCAAUACACACAUGGCGGCGGGGAAAGACAACAAUUAUAAUCACCCACGACAUUUCCCAAAUUAAACCGCAAGACUUUGUUUACGUGCUUGAAAACGGGGAGAUCGUCCAGAAUGGGUACAGGUCUGAAAUUUGUAGCGUAGACGGCCUGUUUCGAGAUUUCGUGAAGGCGUAUGAUACCAACAAAGAAAUCAGAAACCAACCAGGCUCACCCAGGAUUGGACUGGUCCGUAAUGAUAGAGCCCAGGAGCUUAUAGCUUCUGACGUAUACAAUGAAGGUUAUCCAGUUAAUGGGACUUUGGCCCCAAUCUCGGAAGAAAGCUCGACGGAGCAAGAUCAAGAUGGCGAGUUUUUAGAUGGUACCAAGGAAUCCACUUUCAAGCUAGAGAAUUUGUCACUACUAGGUAGAGCAAAAACUUCAAGCCCCAAAAGAACCAGAAGAAAGCUUCGAGUACGGCUGCUUGAAAGAAGGCUUAAUACCGAGAUGACACGUUUUGACUAUGUGCCGGCUCAUUCCCCAACGUACGACAUUGGCUCCAUAAUCCCCGAAACUCCCAGGAAACAGCCUGUCAGAAGGUUUGAAGCGAAACAGAUCACCCUCUUGCAGAUAUUUUCCACAAUAUGGCCCUCUUUGAACGUUGGUUACAGAUUCUUGCUGGUCACCGGCUUCACGGCGGCCUUUUUCCAUGCUUCGGCAACACCGGCGUUCUCGUAUGCACUUGCUCGACUGCUUUCGUCGUUCUUCAAAGACGGGAACUUGCCCUCGGAGUCGGCGAGAUGGUCUGUAGUAAUCCUGUGCAUUGCGGUCAUAGACGCAAUCAGCAGCUACUUGAUGCAUUACUUUCUGGAGUCCGUUGCGCAGUCCUGGAUAGAUACGCUGCGCAUAAAAUCAUUGGCUCGCAUUCUUGACCAGCCCCGUGUAUGGUUUGAUGAGAACCUAGUGGCAACGGUAACAGAGGACAUGGAAAAGAAUGCUGAGGAUAUGAGAGACUUGUUGGGGCGGUUUGCUGGGUAUGUGUUUAUUGGUGCAACGAUUAUGAUUCUGGGUGUUGGCUGGAGCUUCACAGAGAGCUGGCAGUUGACGAUGGUUGGGCUGUCGAUUGCACCGGUCAUGUAUGGUCUGACAAGGACCUUUGCGUGGAUCUCGGAUGAGUGGGAGAAAAACAGCAACGAGGCGGCUGAGAUUGUCGGCUGCGUGUUUGAUGAAACGAUCACGAAUAUAAAGACUGUAAGGGGGCUUGCUCUCGAAAGAUACUUUAAGAGGAAGUAUGCGAAAGCUACCCGUGCGGCAUUGAGAAUAGGCGUGAAAAGGUCUGUUUAUACAGGUGUUGGCUACGGGUUAUCAGAUUCUGCGGUGUCGUUUGCAACAGCUUUGAUCUUUUGGUACGGUGCGGUGUUGAUUGGGAAGGGCCUAUACGACAUCCAGCAUGUUCUUACAGUGUUCAGUCUGCUGCUAUUCUCUUUGGCAGGGGCAAAUACGAUCGUCGGUUUUGUUCCCCAGAUAAGCAAUAGCAAGGAUACGGCACGACGUGUGCUGAGACUCUACACCCUGCCCCGUAGUUCUCAUGAAAUUGAGGGUAGCAGGACGCUGGAUUUUAGAGGAGCCAUAUCGUUCUCCAACGUUACUUUUGCAUACCCCACUCGCCCAGACACCAUUGUACUCCGGAACUUCAACCUCAAAGUUAGCGCCGGGGAAUGUAUCGCCAUAGUAGGUCUUUCCGGCUCAGGAAAAUCAACUGUCGCGGCCCUGCUUCAACGUCUUUACCCAUACUCAGCGGGUAGCAUCACAAUAGACACGCUCCCUAUAGAAAGUCUCAGCAUCCGGUCUCUUCGCUCACAAAUGGCUAUUGUCUCGCAGUCCGCGGUUCUCUUUGAUAGCAGUGUUCACGAUAACAUUUCCUAUGGCAGCAACUAUACCCGCUGUGAGGUUGAGAGAGCAGCAAAGGCAGCUGGAAUCCACGAAUUCGUCAAGGGCCUUCAAGAUGGUUAUGACACAUAUCUAGGAGACAAGGGGGGCCAUAUAUCUGGGGGUCAGGCCCAGAUGAUUGGUAUCGCUAGGGCGCUUGUCAGAAGGCCAGCCGUGUUGGUCCUAGAUGAGUGCACCAGUAAUUUGGAUCCCGAGAGUGCGAUGGUUAUACAUAACACUAUCGGCCGGUUGGUAGAUAAAGGUGGGGCCUAUGACAAGAAGAUGACAGUGAUCAUCAUCACGCACAGCCAGGAGAUGAUGCGGUGCGCUGAGAAGGUUGUGGUGAUGAGUCAUGGGGAGGUUGUGGAGAGCGGGAAGUUAGAGGAACUUUUAGAGCGACGUGGUGAGCUCCAUAGACUUCUCAACAAAGAAGAAUGGGUGAAAAGUAAUGGACAUGAUGGAAGCACCUAG